UGGAAAAAUCUACUCAUUGGCAUAAGUCUGACCCAGUUUCAUAGCACACGUCAGGGUUUUCGAGAAAUUGCUACCAACCGCUAGAUGGCCGAAGGAGUAUAUAAACCGCGCGAACGUGAAUAUGGCGCGUUAUUUGUCAAUACGUAGUGUUCGAGAGAAUUUUGGUGCGAAGAAAUAAUUAUUUAAACGCUAUUCCCGUGAAGAAAUACGCAAAAAUGAGAUUCUUGGUGAGUUCGGUGUUAGUAUCAACGCUUUUGGUUAUCGGUGUUUACGGUGAAGAGAAAUGCUCUCAAAAAAACACGAUAUCCGAACAAGAUUUUGGUUUAGGUUUGUCUGAUGAUAUACUUACGUCUAUGGUAAGUCCUUGGAUGUUUAACAACUACUUUCGUCCUUGGAGAUAUUUGGAGUCUCUUACUCGAGACGUUGGAUCGACGGUAAAGAUUGACAAAGACAAGUUCCAUAUUAAUUUAGAUGUACAGCAUUUCGCGCCAGAAGAGAUAACUGUGAAGACUGCAGAUGGUUACGUGGUUAUUGAAGCUAAACACGAAGAGAAGAAAGACGAACAUGGGUUUGUUUCUAGACAAUUCGUUCGUAAAUACGCUUUACCAGAAGGUACUGAGUCUGAGGAUGUUGUAUCACAGUUAUCUAGUGAUGGGGUCUUAAUUAUUUCUGCGCCACGUAAAGAAAUCGAUGCGAAAGGUGAAAGAGUUGUGCCGAUAACUAAAACAGGGCCACUUAGAGCUGAUUCCGGUGAGAAAUCAAAGGGAUCGUGCACUGGUGAUGAAAAAUGUGAAUUGUAAAAACAUUUUUUUUUUCAUUGUCACCGAUUCUGUUUUGCGUAUUUAUUGGUUUGCUUUUUAUGCUUGAACAAGUUUAAAUGUUUAUUUUAUAAGACUGAUUUUUAAUAAAAUAUGUAAACAUAAAA